AUGGUUACAAACGGGGACAGUGCUGUUCAAAACAAUGUUUUGAUAAAAAUGAAUUUAAAAGAAGUAUCCAGCUUGGCAGAGCAAUUUGUUCUCCAAUAUUAUACUGUAAUGAACCAGUAUCCUGAAUUUUUGCAUCGGUUUUAUUCGAAUGAAUCCGUUCUCAUCUAUGAAAGUCAACCAGUUACUGGUCAAGUGGAUAUUAACAAUCUCUUGACAAAGUCGAAUCUGAAGGACACUCAUGUACUCAUCUUGUCUGUUGACGCUCUGAAAGGUCAUGGCAAUUCCGCAAUGGUUCAGGUUUGUGGCGAGCAAAGCGUCUCAGGUGGACCGUAUCGGCGGUUUAUGCGAAGUUUUACUCUUGUUGAAAGGGGUCCAAACUCCUUUGCUGUAAUUGGAGACAUUUUCCGGUACCAGGAUCGUGUCUAUAAACGAGAGAAGCCAUCUAUUUCUGCAGAAACUGAGGCCAAACAAACUGUAAAUAAACAAUCCGCGAAGGCUCCACCAAACGGGGUGUCCGUCGACACCAAAAAUUCUAAUCGACAUAAGCCUACAGAACAGAAAGCUGAAAAGCAGUUCUCAAAAAAGGCAGAAGCGGAUCAGCAUCCUAAGCCGACAUCUCCCAAGGUUCCAGCUGAGCCUGCUCCACGAAAGCCUGCUGAUCCUAAUGUACACUCACAAAUUACUCCUAAGCAGGAGCAUAUUGAACCUUCGUCAUCCGCUCAGAAUAAACCACAAAAUCAUCAAAACCCCAGUGUUCAGCAGAAUCAGGUCUCUGAACAACUGGAAAAAUCAACUUCAAAUGCACCGAUGAGCUAUGCUCAACGGGCUUCCAGCAAUACUCCUUCUACCGCUCCAGCAAGAGCAGUUCAUCUAAAUAAAACGGUGGCAUCGGAACAGUCGGUUCAACCCCCAGCCAAAGUUGGUGGUGGUGCUCAACAAAGGCCUAUGCGCGGUGGUGGUUUUAACAAUUCUGCCUCGUCUGGACGUCCUAAUAAUCAGUUACAUCAUCAACAAUCUGGCCCUUCCGUUAAUAGGGAAUCUAACGCUGAAUUUUCUGAUGUAAGUGGUUCAGGAAAUAGAGCCUAA